GCUUCGACAAUGGCCCGCCGCCUGCCCAACAUCCUCGUCACGGGGACCCCUGGCACGGGGAAGACGACGAUGAGCCAAAUGCUCGCGGAAAAGAUGCAGUUCCGUAACAUCAACGUCGGCGACCUCGUCAAGCAGCACAGCCUCCACUCGGGCCGCGAUGAAGACUUUGACUGCUUCGUCCUGGACGAGGACAAGGUCGUCGACGAGAUGGACGACGUCAUGAGCUCGGCGGACGGCGGCGUGAUUGUGGACUUUCACACGUGCGACUUUUUCCCCGAGCGCUGGUUCGACCUCGUUGUCGUGCUGCGCUCGGACAACACGACGCUCUUUGACCGGCUCGUCGCCCGCGGCUACUCGGAGAAGAAGGUCCAGGAGAACGUCGAGUGCGAGAUCAUGCAGGUCGUGCUCGAGGAGGCGCAGAGCAGCUACGCGCCCGAGAUCGUGCAGGAGCUCUCGUCCGUCUCGAUCGAAGACAUGGAGUCCAACGUCGCCCGCGUGAUGGCCUGGGCCCAGCACUGGAUUGAAAACAACCAAUGAUAAAGAACGUCUCUUCUACUGUACAGCAA